AAGUAUUUAUUUCCUUAGUCAGUUCUGAGUAGACUUAAAAGUAAAUAAGUAGGUAUUAGAUUGUCUAGAUUUCAAAACUAGCAUCGUCAGCCCAAAUUUUACUCAAUGUCAAUGUCGCUUCCGUUCCAUAAAGUGAUAUAAGUCUUGCAUCUGCGACUACUUUAGCCCUUUUAUAUUUGAAGCAAAUGGUUUCUUUGGAUUAAAUUACUACGGAUCUCUAAAAACUUGAUAUCAUACGACAACUUGAUUAUCCCCAGUGUAUGACACACAGCAGUGUGUUACAGUUUGAAGUAGGGUUAUAAAAGUAAAUUAUAUAAUUUAGUGUGAAAAUGCGUGAAAUAGUGCAUGUACAGGCUGGGCAGUGUGGAAACCAGAUAGGAUCUAAGUUCUGGGAGAUAAUUUCCGACGAGCACGGAGUGGGCCCCGAUGGCAUCUAUCAUGGCGAGAAUCAGAUGCAGCUUGAAAGGAUCGACGUCUACUACAACGAGGCUUCAGGCGGUAAAUACGUGCCGCGAGCCGUGUUGGUCGACCUCGAACCCGGGACCAUGGACUCCGUGAGGUCCGGACCCUACGGGGAGCUCUUCAGGCCGGACAACUUCGUGUUCGGGCAGAGCGGCGCUGGCAACAACUGGGCUAAGGGCCACUACACAGAGGGCGCUGAGCUCGUCGACGCAGUCAUGGACGUCGUGCGAAAGGAGUCAGAGAACUGCGAUUGCCUUCAAGGUUUCCAGCUGACUCACUCUCUGGGCGGUGGCACGGGGUCCGGUAUGGGCACGCUGCUGCUGAGCAAGAUCCGAGAGGAGUACCCCGACAGGAUCAUGAGCACAUUCAGCGUCGUGCCUUCGCCUAAAGUGAGCGAAGUGGUGCUAGAGCCUUACAACGCGACGCUCUCCGUACACCAACUGGUCGAGAACACAGACAUGACCUUCUGUAUCGACAACGAGGCUCUCUACAACAUCUGCUUCAGAACACUCCGACUCACCAGCCCCAGCUACGGUGACCUGAACCAUCUCAUCUCGUUGACUAUGUCCGGGAUAACGACGUGCCUCCGUUUCCCGGGGCAGCUGAACGCGGACCUUCGCAAGCUAGCCGUCAACAUGGUGCCGUUCCCCAGGCUGCACUUUUUCAUGCCCGGUUUCGCGCCGCUCACAGCCAGGAAUUCCUUUGACUACCGCGCUCAAAACGUGGCCGAACUCAUGACCCAAAUGUUCAACCCGGGCAACAUGAUGACGGCGUGCGACCCGCGGCACGGGCGGUACCUCACCGUGGCCACCAUGUUCCGGGGCCGCAUGAGCAUGCGCGAGGUGGACAACCAGAUAAUGGCCAUACAGAAUAAGAACUCCAGCUACUUCGUGGAAUGGAUCCCGAACAACCUGAAGGUGUCUGUGUGCGACGUGCCGCCCCGAGGCCUCAAGAUGUCCGCAACCUUCGUGGGCAACUCCACCGCCAUCCAGGAGAUAUUCAAACGCAUAUCGGAGCAGUUCACCGCCAUGUUUAGACGCAAGGCUUUCCUCCACUGGUAUACGGGAGAAGGAAUGGACGAGAUGGAGUUCACAGAAGCCGAAAGCAACAUGAACGACCUCAUCUCCGAGUACCAGCAGUACCAGGAGGCUCCCGUGGACGACGAGGACGCCGAAUUUGACGAGGAGGAAGAGAUAGAGCAAGACUACCCGCAGGAAAGAGACAGAGAGGCUGCCCAUGCCGCUCUCUAAACUUUUUAAUCUCAGAUACUAAAAAGACAUUUUGCUUGCCCAAUCUAAAGUA